CUGUGCUCGCGCUUCUCGCACUGCACUUCCGACCGAGGCUCGCGUUUCUUAACAAGACCAAGCUUGUACAAUCACAUGACAGUCAACAACGUGAUUCCUGCUGAAAUCAAUUAGCUAAGUGAAUUUACAAAGUCUGCGGUCACUAGAAUGAGGGGACUACGGAGAAUCCAAUAGACAGUAUGAAGAGCGGACAGGAAGCAAGGUGGGAGUGGAAAGUACCACAAGCUAGGACUCAAAUUCAGUACUAUUUGGAAUGGCACUUGAUUGGCUGAUUGGGUGUGAAUACACAACUCCUCAGAGACCCUGUUUUUUUACUGUGAGCAUGCAGUUGAAACGCUGAGGAUGUGGAUCCCCAAUCCCGUUAUCCUUAUUCUAGCUGAACAGCACGAAGACUGGAAGCAGGUCGGAGUGUAAAUAUGUCUGUUUGGAGGAGCAGGCUUGUUUUUUGGCCCCUGACAACGCAAUUACAGCCCCGCCGAUUGUCGUGUGUGUGCAUUAAGUACCUCCCCCAGAACGAGGCCGAUUAAUGAAGGGGCUCCUCGGGGCCGAAGAAGAAGCCCCAGGCACCCACACACAGAGGAGAGGAACUGUUGUUAGGGGUCAGGCCGCUACACAUGCUCCAUAUUAAUGCAGCAUGGAGUGGGCGCCUUUCCAGUGCCGUGCUGCUGGGUGGAAUAUGGAUGAAUUUUUGAAGAAUAUCCUGGCUGUCCGUGUCUUCAUAUUGAAAGUGAAUGGGGAAUGUGAUAUAAGUGAUGCAAACAGGUUUGGAACAACGUUAGGAUGCCUGGUUUGUGAAUAUGUCCUCUUAUCAAUCCUGAGAGACAGAAAACUGCAUCAUACUGAAUACUCCAACCGCAGUCGGAGCUGGUACCACAGUGAAGCGCUUGAGCUUGACGUUGUUUUUCUCCAAUCAUUGAUUCUGUAUGGAAACGAAAAGCAAGAACAUUUUGCUAAAGUUCUCCUUUAGCUUUCGGCAGAAGAACGUGAGGGAGCAACAUGAAGGUGUUUUUUUUUUUUUAGUUUGAAGGCUCAGUUGAAGAUGUACAUUUCCUCACUGCAUUCAAUCAGUUUCAAUCAUCAGUGGAAUGACACUAUGUCCAUCCGUGACCAAUAAUGGUAGCAUGAAGAACGGCAAGCAAAGGCCCAACCUUGAUGAAGCUGUCAGGGCUGGAAGACACACGAGGGGUCAGACGUACGCUUUCAAACACGCGUGACCUCACGCUGAUGAGCCUAAUUCACACAUCCUCAAGGCCUUUCCCCUGAGCCCACCAAUCACAAUACCCUCCCACUUGACCUUCGACCCUCCACGGGGGUCUCCCAUUGGCUGCGUAGUGAAAGGAAAGAGGGAGACAUCCCUGCUGCUCAUCACCAUAACAAUGGCGGCAUAUGUUUGUGGGCAUUUGAGCGCAUGGAGCUGGCAGAGUCCAUAUUAGACUGACGACAGAGACCAGGUGCCUGAACCCCACACACUCGGAGACGAAAGAGAAAGUCAACACUGUUUCCUUAGCGAGGUGAAAGAGAGCGAGGAGGAAGAGGAUGAGGAAGAGAGGGUAAAGGCAAGUUUAGCUUGCAGAGCAGGCUCUUCCUCUAUCAUGGGCCGGGCAGCUGCCGGACCCAUCCAGGGGCAUCACUCACCACUAAUGAACAUAUCAGUCCAGUCCAAGCUCUCUCCCAGACGCUCCUCGCGCAGCCAUGAAGAAGAGGGGUGAGGAAAGGCUAACCGAGUUAGCCGUUCUCAAGCGGCUUGGACGGAGAAGACAGAUUGAGGAUGAUGCAAAUGGAGCUCACAGCAUUGAUCCAGACACACCCGGCUCCUCGACAUCCAUCAUAAGACCAACACUCCCCUCACGCUGCUCAAGGUCCACGCGUCCUCCUUUCCGCUUUUAGCCACCCAGGACUAUCAGCUAGAUGCUUGAUGGAUUCCCAGGGAGGCCGUGCUUUGGAUUUAAUUCUGUACAAACGUCAAGCAUAUUGGCAGCGUAUUUAGUCAUGAUCGACACCUGGAUGAAAAUCAGGCUGACUGUUUCCACUGAAGCAUCAGAGGUUAUCAGGCUGCUUCUUACUGAAGCUCAACCGUUAUCCAGGAGCUGGGGACAGCAGACGAGGCUUUUUAAAGACUGCUUAAAGUUUUCCAACCCUACGGCAAAAGCAACAACAUGCUGCUGAUCGGCUACAUCUAAUUCCACGGAUUUGGGGAUUUCUUCUCAUCCAAGUUGCUCUGUGUUUGUCAAUAGUUUCUUAUAAACUGAGCUCUCCUGCAUUGUGCGAAUUCGAAAAGAGAAGAAGAAAAAAAAUCCAAAACUGUAGCAUAUUUUCAAAAUAAGCUAAAAAGACAAAUAAUGACCUCCAAAGAAGACGCAAAAGGCGCCUCGGUUGAGGAUCGAAGGCGCAGUCCGUUGGACCAUCUUCCUCCACCUGCUAAUUCAAACAAGCCCCUCACUCCGUUCAGCAUAGAGGAUAUUUUAAACAAACCUUCUGUCAAACGAAGUUACACCAUUUGCGGCACGGCGCACCUGCUUUCGUCCGGUGAGAAGCACCCAUCCACGGGCCAUCCCCUCUCCAACCGCGCGCUGCUCACCCAGACAUCUCCACUGUGCGCCCUGGAGGAACUCGCCAGCAAAACCUUCAAGGGACUGGAAGUCAGUGUUCUACAAGCGGCAGAAGGAAGAGACGGCAUGACGCUCUUCGGUCAGAGGAAUACCCCUAAAAAGCGAAGAAAGUCGAGAACAGCCUUUACCAAUCACCAAAUUUACGAACUGGAGAAAAGAUUUCUCUAUCAGAAAUAUCUGUCUCCUGCUGAUCGGGAUCAGAUCGCUCAGCAGCUCGGGCUCACGAAUGCUCAAGUUAUCACCUGGUUCCAGAACCGUCGAGCCAAGCUCAAAAGAGACCUGGAGGAGAUGAAAGCGGACGUGGAGUCGGCCAAAUCAGUAGGCUCUGUACCUUUUGAGAAACUCGCCAAACUGGCAGACCUAGAGAAAUGCGUCAAUGGCACUCUCGGAGAAUCAGUGUCCAAGUCUCCUUCACGAUCUAACCACGAGCAUGAGGGCACCAACAAACUCCACAUGUCACCAUCAUCACCGUUUACAGACCACACAACGAGCAAAGAGUGUUCAGAGGAUGAAGACGAGGAAAUUGAUGUCGAUGACUGAUUUUCAUUGAACAGCAUCAUCGGUAUUAUUUACCUUUUUUUCCCUGAGAUGGUCCUCUAAAACCAUAGAGUUGAAAGUGCCAUUAAUGCACCAAAUGUAUUAAAUGACUUGUAUUAAAAGCAAAUAUAAAAAAGGGAAGAAAAAAAAUCAAAGCAAGCAUGGGACAGUUUCUUCAGAUCUAUUUAUGCAGUGGCAGUAUUGUAAUCAUUAAGCCUAUUCGUUUAUAGCUGAAGAGCAAUAAAUACCUUGAUAAUAUUUCAGUCAGAUAUAAAUACACAAACACACACAUUGAAAGCACGAUUGCCCACGCAGAACUUUUUUACCCGGUUCUGAGUAAGUUGAAUGCAUGUUUUAUUUUGUUCCACGAAAUUAUUUUAGUUAAAAAUGUCUGCAGAUCUGAUAUAGCUAGCCUAUCGCAAAAUAUCCGAAUCUUAAUUCACACGCGCAGCCCCCUUGCGUGUCCCGGUUAUGCCUUUUGGCCUAUGAUAAAAUCGUUUGAUAAAAGAGUGUAUUAUAGAACAUUUCCUACGAAAGUUAUCACAGGAAAAAAAAUCGACUUCUCUGAUUAAAUCUGGAUUGUCACAUUUUAAGACAUUUCUUAAGGUUUGUAUGCCUGUAAGUGCCUUUUUAAGCCAGGAAACCAUUUAAACCAAGUGUACAAAGUGUAAUGUAUUUAAAAUGAAA